GAAAUGGGAUGCAUAAGCGUUGCCAUUUUUUAAUCAUUUUCUGCAUAUUCUUCCAUGGUGGAGCUGCGCUUCUCGGCGUCCAAAGUGGCGCUGGUCACAGGGCUGCACGACUUCGGUGAUGUGACGGAAGAGGUACUUGACUGUGUGUACCAAGACCGAGAGGAGCUGCUGGCGCUCGACGCGGCCCGGCUGCGACUGCGUCUCGUGUCCAAGGACGAAGAACUGGAGCUGCUUGUCCAAAAGAGUGGAGCGACGGCGGCUCCGCAGCUUCGGGCUGCACUGCGCUGGGCAAAGGGUCGAGCAAAACCUGCACAUGUGGAGGCGGCUCAAAGGCUGCUAGCGGGCGUGGACAAGCGGCUGGUCGAGGCGCAGAAGAGCAACAAACUCGCGAAAGUCGAAGCGCAGGAGGCGCGUAAGCUGCUGGCCGAGAAGAUUCACACAAGUGUCGGCACUCGCAACGAGUCGCUGGCUCUAGAGGCUUAUGAGCGUCAGACUGGGUCCAAAGUACGCCUCACGAAUGAGCAUUUCUAUUUCCUCACGUUCCCACGUCCACCAGAGACUGCAGACAAAGAAAUAGCUCCUGUAGACUAUGCGCUGCUGGCUGGACAGAGUCAACGUUCAGUGGUUCUCAAAAGACCCCGUAGACGAUCUCGUGAGACUGCUGAAACAGUAGACUUGAUGGAUGAGAAGGAAGAAGAUGGCUACUUUUCCAUCUGUGGCAUGGUGGAUGGCGUGGCUGAUGCGUUAACCAUAUCAAUGGACGACGAGUGGGAGUUAACUCCCGUCGUGGUAGAAGUAAAGAACCGAAUGCGAGGCAUCCGGAACCCUCCACCACUCUACGACCACAUCCAAUUAGCAGUUUACAUGAAAAUGCUGGGGGUCGAACAUGGCGAUCUGGUUCAAUGUAUCUAUGGGGCUGACCCGCGUCCUACUAUCCAAAUAUCACGCGUGUCGUUGGGUGUUGCGCCGCUGUGUCUUCCAGCGUCUUCAACGAGCCAAGAGCGAGAUAUCUGGACUGAAGUGAUCGUACCUCGACUCUACACAUUCACAGCGGCUGUACAAAAGCUGCGGGAUAACGAACUACUGCGACUUGACUACCUCAACGGAACUGAGGAAGAGCGGCGUGAAAUUCUACGAACUGAGUGUGAUUUUCUGUAAAGAUUUUUUCUAUUCAAUAUGCAGAUUUUCUUUACAUGAUGAGGCAACAGCGUUGCGUGUUCCGAGUCUUUCGCGCUUCGUUGGCUCUGUCUUCGGCCUCGAUUUCAUCGGCCAUCGCUGUACGAGCCUCCUGGUCCCCCUGCUCUCCAUUGCUCGCGCCGGGU